GAAAAUUUUAAGAAAUGGAGGUACGAAAGUGGGGCUUAACGGGUUCAGUGGGAAUUUUGGCGGAAGUUGGGGAAUUAUAGAGGUUUAUAGAGAGAAAUUGGUGAAAACUACUGCGUAGAAGAAAGUAGGCAGGAAAGAAUGAGAUAUGGAUUGAAAGGGAUUUUUAUAAAACUUGGCAUUUGUUUGAACAUACUUCCUUACUAUGAUUAUUUACAUAAGACCAGACACCUGAUGAUGCAACUGUUCUCAGGAUCAAGGCAGCUUUGGAUUGAAGAUAACAGAAAAAUUAUUGAAAGUCUUCAUGAGUGCAUGCAGGUGGUUGAGCUCAGUGAAUCCAAUCUGAAAUAUGUUCAUAAGCUAUUCCAAUUUCCCAAGUAUUUACCGAAUGGCAACAUUGAUUCAAAACAACUUGAAUGAGCAUAUGUGCUUUACAAAUACUUCAAAUUUGAAGUAAAAGUUUUUAUCAAAGUUAACGACCAUCUAGAAUCUGAGAAUCUCAAUGCUCUCAUUGAUUUACUCAGAGAGUAUUAUUCAAGAGGCAGCCUCAAAAUAAAAUCAGUCUAUUUCUCACAUUUAACACACAUUAAUCACUUCUCUCAUCUUGAAGAUGAGAAUUUAGAGCUGACUAAUAGAGUCAUUGACACAAUCUUGGAAAUAUUAGGACUAAAAUGAGAACAAUUGGGCACACUGAAAUAUAUCAUCCCUCCAAUGGUCAAACUCGAGAACAACUACAUCAGAGGUUUCAAUAGAAUUUACCUUACCAGAGAUGUAGAAAUUGCUCAUAUAGAAGACGAAUUGUUCGAAUUAAGCCACCUUAGCUUCACUAAAGAAUUCAAUAAGCUCAUGAGAACCAAAAGCACACACACUUUAGAAGUAUUCAUAGACCAAUUCAUCACGUUUGGGAAUCCUCUCCCGCAAUUACUUGAAGAAAUUACCAUAAUUGUUUCAACUCCCUCUUAUCAAUCAGAAGAUGUUAAACAACAGUGUGAUGUCACUCAACUGAUAGAUGUAAUAGAGCCUCAGCAUAAGCUCAAGUUUAUCUUCAAAGAACUCUCUUCGUCUGAGAGCAGGAACAACCUUUGUCUUGUCAGCAAGUUGAGGGAAUUUGCUGGAGUUCAAGUCCAUGCUGAAUUUACAAACACAAACAAAGAUGCCUUUAUUCUCCACUGUUUACACUGAAUGCUCUGCCUUAAUGUUGAAGACACCACAAAGACCACUUACUUCAAAAAUGUGAGAAUCGAUUGUGGGAUUGAAGAUAUUUCUUUCGUUAGUGACAAUGAGUACAUAUUAAUUAGAAGUAUUUGCUCGCUCAAAGGAACAACGCAAGCAGAGUGUCCAUCUGGAAGAGAAUUUGCUACCUUUAUUGAUAGUUCCGAUCUGAUAAAUGAGAAAUCCACAAUGAUAGCAGUGAAGGUGUCAGAUAUCAGUAGCUUAGCAUUAGACAAGCAUUUUGAUGAAUUUAUCAAUGAGUCUGGAGCUGAUCAAGAGAAUGAAGAAAUCCCUGAAGUUCCAAAGAAGAUUCUAAACUGGACUAAACUACCUUCCCUACUUCCAAACCAAUGCUCUCUCAGACUUAUUCUAAAGAUGGAUGAGAAAGGUGCGAAGAUUCUUGAAUCCAUCCCAAACAGCCUCACAAUAAGCACCUUGACUCUGGAGAUUCCUGAGAUUCUCAAUUUCGAAGACAAUAGGAAAGAUGAUCUAAUCGACAGGGUUUGAAGCAUCUUAUGCACUAAGAGAUUAACAAAAUUUAUCAUUAAUGGUGUUCUAAAGAAUAAUACCAGAUUCUUGCUAAAGUUUGUCAAGACCUAUUUUACUAUAAAUGACAACAAACUCACAGAACUUGUCGUCAAAGGUUCCCCAGAGCUAUUCCAUCUCGUGUUGAAUGAUUCGACUAAAAAUGCAUACAUAUUGACUCUCAAGCCACUAAAGGCUGAGGUUCUCAUGCUGUCUUCCGAAGACAUGAAGCUUGAAAGCCUCAAACACAGAAGAAUAGUUCUCUGCGAUGAUGCUUCAACCCGCUGUGGAUGUUGCACUGGAGGAAUGAUGGAUGACAAAUACAGGUACUACUCCAACACUCUCAGGUAAUAAGUCAUUAUAUCCUAUGUUUCAAUGU